AUGCGUCUUUCCAAUCUGUGUGUCUGGUUGUUGUGCACAGAUGCAUUUAUUCUCUAUGAAAUGCGUCUUUCCAAUCUGUGUGUCUGGUUGUUGUGCACAGAUGCAUUUAUUCUCUAUGAAAUCCGUCUAUCCAAUCUGUGUGUCUGGUUGUUGUGCACAGAUGCAUUUAUUCUCUAUGAAAUCCGUCUAUCCAAUCUGUGUGUCUGGUUGUUGUGCACAGAUGCAUUUAAUCUCUAUGAAAUCCGUCUAUCCAAUCUGUGUGUCUGGCUGUUGUGCACAGAUGCAAUUAAUCUCUAUGAAAUCCGUCUAUCCAAUCUGUGUGUCUGGUUGUUGUGCACAGAUGCAUUUAUUCUCUAUGAAAUCCGUCUUUCCAAUCUGUGUGUCUGGUUGUUGUGCACAGAUGCAAUUAUUCUCUUGAAAUCCGUCUAUCCAAUCUAUGCAUUUAUUCUCUAUGAAAUCCGUCUAUCCAAUCUGUGUGUCUGGUUGUUGUUCACAGAUGCAUUUAAUCUCUAUGAAAUCCGUCUAUCCAAUCUGUGUGUCUGGUUGUUGUGCACAGAUGCAAUUAUUCUCUAUGAAAUCCGUCUUUCCAAUCUGUGUGUCUGGUUGUUGUGCACAGAUGCAUUUAUUGUCUAUGAAAUCCGUCUAUCCAAUCUGUGUGUCUGGUUGUUGUGCACAGAUGCAAUUAUUCUCUUGAAAUCCGUCUAUCCAAUCUGUGUGUCUGGUUGUUGUGCACAGAUGCAAUUAUUCUCUUGA